AUGGAAAAAGGCAUAGCCGCUCUGAAUAAAUCACUUGACGAGUUAGAACAUGCUUCAGAUAUCUCCAAAGCUACGAAGCUCUUAACAAGACGGAUUGAACACUUAAGUCAACUAUGCUUGCUUAACGAUGACAUAAUUGGAAAUAACCAAAAGUCUGAAGAGUUGAUAUCGAAAUCUGGCAACAAUGAGUCAGAAACUACACUCAAACCUCAUUGUUCUUACCCUUUUGAUGAAUGCACAGUUAAUUUGGCGAGAUUCCAAAGACAUUUAACAGAUUAUCUUUUCACGAAUGGUCAACCUCAGUCUGCUUUGAAAUUCGCUCAAGAGAAACCGGAAUUAGGUGACCUAUGUAUGAUGGAAGUUUUUGAUGAAGCAGUGUCUAUUGAAAAAGCGCUUCUAGAAGGAGACACAGGCCCAGCGUUUGCUUGGUUGCAAGAGGCUAACUUCAAACUAAAAAAGAAUGACUCAUAUUAUGAAUUUGAUCUUCGCGUAUUCGAAUUUUAUCUACUCGUCAAACAAGGGAAACGAAUCGAUGCUAUUCAACAUGCUAGGAAAUAUAUGAGUUCAGUAAAACAAGCUGAUGACUACCGUGCCAACAAACUUGGUCAAGCGAUGAUUUUGUUGGCGAUGCGUACCCCUGAAGAGCUCCAAGACAAGGCAGAUCAAAACAAGUUGACUGAAAAAUGGAUAGUUAAAAGAACUCAUGAAGUGCUUAUGGAAUUUUAUGCUUACAGCGUUUACACUCCAUUUCAGCUGGCUGUGAAUGCUGGUAUCACAGCAAUCAAGACACAUUACUGUUACAAUCCGAAUACUCAACACAGAGACUGUGCUGUUUGCCAUCCGUUAAUUAAUAAAUUGGCAGUUAAUCUACCUUUCGCUCGUCAUGACCAUUCUAUAUUAACAUGUUAUAAAACUGGUCUUCCUAUGAAUGAUGACAACCCCCCUAUGUCUCUGCCAAAUGGUUAUGUUUAUAGUCAGAAGAUUUGUGUAUCCGAAACGUAAACGAUGCAUUCCUACAAGUCAUUUACAUGGGUCCCACUUUUCUUGAGUAAUCACUGUUUAUUUGGUCUAUAUAAGGUUGCACUCUAGUCUAGUACAUCCAAUUUCGAGUUAGCAUUCAUCGUAGACUAACAUAAGUUGGAGAAUCAUUGAGAACUUCGGAGCACUGAACAUCUCUUUCAUCUUAUUAUGGAACUCCUCAGCAGUAGAUACCCAUGACCUCACUGGGGAUUGAAUCCAGGACCUUCAUGUUUAGCGUCAAUCAUAAAGCGUUGAACCACUGAGCUGGAAUCCGAUGGCCCACAUUUUUUCCCAGUUCGCGUCAUAGCACGACCCUCAUGUAAUGUCAUACACCUUCAGUGAAACCUAUGGAGUUGCAGCUAAAGAAUUGCAAUAUUGCCUGUUUUUGCUAGAUUAUGUUAAUAAAACAUUGUUACUAUAAGUCCCUAUUCUAUAUUUCAGAAAUG